AGAGCAGCCGGAAGUGUUUGUAAACCGGACGUUGUACAUCCUCAAUGUGACUUACAGUGGGGAACACUGUGAUUUUUACACUGUGUGUCUGUAGCAGGUUAGAGUCUGUAAAAAUGUUUCUAACCACAGCGAAUUUGGCCAAGGCUAAAUCAAAGGCCGUCCUGGUGCAGAUGAUGAGCUCUGCGGGCACAGGCUACUUCUUCAACACCAAGAGGAACCGUCUCCGGGACAAGAUGGUGCUGCGCAAGCACGAUCCCAUCGUGAACACGCAUGUCCUAUUCUUUGAGAAGAGGAAGAUCAGAUCAGUUUAAAGGUGAAGAAAAAUAAAUGGACAACAUAAACCUUCGAGGUUUAAACAGACUCUUUCUUUUGCCUUGGAUGAUAAAAGGUGUUUGUAAGUCAGAAUGUGUGGUUGGCUGGCUGACAUGAGUGCAGAGGAUUUCUCCUUGGAUCUGUAAGAAGGCCUCGACCCUCCCUACUGCACCAGUUCAUCAUGAUGCAAACACAGGCCCAGCUUUAACAAAGUCUCCAUCACCUCUACACAAGAAUACUUAGUCUUGUCAGCAGAUCUUUACAGUUAUGUCAAUGAUAAUGAUUCAGGCAAGUUUUGUAAAAAGUAAAUAUUCAAACCAAGGAAAUGUUCUUGAACCACAAAAAAUUAGAUUUAUUUGGCAUCAAUUAAAUCACAUGUUCCGUAGAAUAUUUAGUGUUGAGAUUCUUGUGAAUUAUUUAACUGUUAAAAACGAUUGAGAUUAAAAAAAGUUGUGCAAAAAACGACA